UUCCUCGUCUGCCUCGUCUUCAACUGUUAGCUUUUUCUUUGAAGGCUUGGCUUGCAGUAAAGAGAUGGUCCAUGAAGGCUAGAUGCAAAUUUGAAACAGAAAAGGGAAGAAGAUUAGAAGUUUGUGCCUGUACAUGUGUAAAAACAUGACAAGGACAACCGCGACUAAACUUCUCUUACUAGUGAUCUUCAUCUUCAUCAUUUGCCUUCCAGAUUUUUUCAGUUUGUAUCGAGUGUCGAAAUUCAACUUCAUUUGCUUGCCUUGCAACCCACACAAGCGAAUGAAAAAUAGAGAGAAUGGCAGGAGUGCAGAUGCUGAGGUGAGAAGAAAGACGUCAUGUGACCCUCUUCACAUCCCAUGGCAAGAGGCGUGUGAUGAGAGUGAUGCUGACAGUAGCCAAACGCAAGAUGACACAGGGAGUGAGGACCCUCGCAGACUUUUUUAUAGAUGUGAAGCACAAGGGAGUGGGACGGAAUUACAUAGUAACAGCUCUGGUUCAGCAGCAAAGAUUCAUAUUGAGAUGUUAUUGAAGCUUCAACUCGGAGACGCUAACUUCCUGAACCUUACCUUAUAUGGCCACACUAAUAGCAGCUCCCUACAGCUUCACCCGCAUGAGGAGGAGACAGAUGAUGGGGGUCACGGUGUGGCAUCUUAUUGCUGUCACCAAGUCUCACUCACUUCAGAGAGAUCCAAUCACAUUGUGUGUCUGGUGAGACUGUCAAAUCACACCUUUUCUACUGCUGCAGUAAACAAGAAUCUUCGACAGACGCAAGAUGAGUGGAGUGGCAUGUUCAGGAUCCUCUGGCUGGUUCUCUUGUGUGUGGUGUUGCUGACUUUGACCUUGGCUUUAAUCAGACAAGUCAAGCGGAGUGGCCACUGCAAGAAAGGGCACCCUGUUGAUCAUGGUGUCAAUGGGCAGCAAUUAAAAGGGAGAAAUCUUCAUAGCUACGAGCCUCGCCUGACAUGGUCAGGACUGUCACCAAUUGAAGAGGUUGAAGUCAUUGAUGAUGCAGAAACUGUUCCAGAAGGACAUGUGGACUACUCCUAUGUUACUGCUAAUCUUCAUCACCGUCCAACUCUUACUUUACCCCAAAGAGGAGCUGAGCUAAUGGACAGAACACAACUUUAGUUCCACCAAGAAAAAUCAACAUGACGUCAUCAUCUGUCCUAAAGUCUUAUUUUUUCAAACAUUACAUCCACUAAUAUUUAUAAAUGACUAACUGCAAAUUUUGUCAUGUGGCUAAAAGAAAAUCAGUCCUGAUGGCUCUCUAAAUGUUGAAGGCACAGAAGAUGGUUAAAAGCAAUGAAAACAGGUUGAAUAAAUCUUAAGUUGAAUCAAAUUUGACAUCUCACCAUAGCUUUUAUUGCAUAUCGAUACGUUCCAUUUGCAUUCGAUCCUAGUGGAUACAAUGUUAAGAAAUACAUUUUCUUCAAGGUGAUAUCACUUUGGGUUAGAUGUCAAAUAAUAUAAAACUCAAAGAGCAAUAAUCAUGAAUACUGGCAUUUUUAAGAGUAAUUUUUUUCCUCUCGUGUCCAUCAAUGCAGUGGAGUGCAAAGAGUGCUAAGCGUAUUCUUAUAUUAAUGUAAACACAAACACAUUUUGGUUAUUCUGACAUUUUGGAGAUGAUUAUCUUUGUAUUCAGUUCAUGGCUGGACAUAUCCAAGUUAAAACAACAUUUGGGUCAGCGACAUACAGGCUGACUGUGGGAUAUUUAACAUGUCAACGUUAGCUUUGUAUUAUACACAUAAAUAAACAUCUUCUGACGGCGCAGACAGAAGCUCUUAGUGUCGGAUUUCUUUCACGCUUAUGUACAUACAAUAGUGUGUACCCAUGUGUUAUUGCUGCACGUGUGCUGGUUCUGCGGUUUUAGAGCGUUGGCUCUCGAUGUGGGAGAUCUGCAGGACGGGCAACAGAAGUUGAAAGGCGUUUUGAAUGUAGUUGGUGCUGUUGGAGCCCUGAGGACAAU